AUGGAGGUUCGCGGCCCUCCUCGGUCGGCGCACGCUGGCUCUGCGGGCACAGAGGCGGCGUUGGCAGCGCAGGCAGGCGGAAGCUUGCUGAGCGGCUGGAAGCUCGGCCUCCCCUCCCCAGUCCGCGCUACGUACGCCGCGAGCUUGACGGCGGCACUGGCGGCGCGGGCGCAUGGAAGCUUGUUGCGCGGAUGGAGGCGCGAGGUCGACCCGGACGGGGUGCUGGAAGUCACUUACCCGCAGUUGCGACGGGUGGCGGCGCGCUUGAAGAUGGAAGGCGAUCCAUUGCCGCUGUUCGCCUGCAGCGAAAGCAACGCCACCCCCCCGCUGAGGCUUGCUGACCUCGACCCGCAGGCGGGAGAGCUCGUGGAGCGGCUUCGGAGCUGGAUAGCUGACGUCUUCGGGGGGCCCGAGAAAAUGUUCCAGGCCUUCGACGUAAAGGGUGUAGGCGAAGUCCCGCAGGAUCAGUUCGUGGCCGCGCUGGCGAGGUACGAGUUCGCUGCGUGCGAGAAUGAGAUGGUGGAGCUGUUCCAGUGUUGCGACGUAGACGGCUCUGGCUUCGUCGGCCUCGAGGACCUCUCUUUCUUGGGGGCGCCCGGCGAGCGCAUCCGGGGCUUGGGGCGUUUCAAGCAGAGGCUGGAGUCCAAGAACCGGCAGCAGGUCGUCCUUCUCGCCAACUACCGAGACGGCCAGGGCGUGCCCCCGAAGCACCGCCUCGCGCCCCGCCCCUGGCUCGCGGGCAGCGUGGAGCGCAGUCUGCCUGUGGCGGUCUGCGAGAAGCGCAAGGCACGGCACUGGCGUCUGGAGGCCAGGCGCGUGCAGGCCCGCAAGGCGUUUGUCAAGCAUCUGCGCUCUACUCACGGCAACGAGGUCCGUGCGUGGCGUGCCGUGUUGGACCCGGACGGCGAAUUCGAGGUGCGUCAGGGCGCCUUGCGCCGGUACUGCUCAAGAGCGGGGGUGCGGUUGGACGUGGCAGCAUUGUGGAAAUCGCUGGACCUCGAUUCGGAUGGAGCGGUUGGGCUGGACGAUCUGUGCCCAGAGGUCGCAGCGGUCCUCCUCAAGUUCCAGCGCUGGGCGUGCGGCCACUUCGGCUCGUGCGCGGCUGUGUGGCACCACCAGCGGGUGGUGGAGGCGCGUGAGGGCUGCCGGGGCAACGGCUGCUGGAGCUCUGACAAGAAGAUGCUUCUCAACACUUUCGCCGACGCCCUCCUCUCGCUCGGCUGUCCUACCUUGCGUGAGACAUCCUCCGGCUCUCGCGCGUCGCUUCUCGCCGCCCUGGACCUGUACAAUUGCGGUGUAGUCGACCGCUCGGACCUGGAGUGGCUGGACCAGUGGGAGCCACGCCCGUGGCUCCUUGCAGAGCCCGACCCAGAGGCCUGGCAGCGGCUGCGCGAGCUCAUGGUCUCCGAGUACCACCACCCGCUGCACGCGUGGCGCUGCACGCUGGAUAAGGACGACUCCAAUGCGAUCUCCUGGGCCGAGUUCAAUGAGGCCUGCCAGGCGCUAGAUCCCACAGCGAACAUCGCUGGGGCAUGGCGAGUAUUGGACGUGGACAAUUCUGGAACAAUCAGCCUCCAAGAGUUCGACCCAGACAGCGCUGCAUUGUUGGACUCCUUCAAGCAGUUCGUGGACCAGAAGUACGGCUCAAUUGAGCGCGCCUUCAAGGCUAUCGACGUUAACAGCUCGGGUACCCUCUCCUACACGGAGCUGCGAUGCGUGUGCAAGAGGUUGAAGUGGGAAUCUGAGGGUUCUGCGCGGCUGCUCUUCGAUAGUCUUGACGUGGACGGCGAGAGGGACGAAACGACAGGUAGGCGUUUCCUGAGCUACAAGGAGGUUGCCUUCCUGGACAGCUGGAACGCCGGGAAGCCACCGUCGAAGAUCGAUCGCGGAUUGGAGCGGUGGCGGUCAGCGGUCGGAUCGAGGGCGCCGUCGAGCGCAACCAGCUCGUCGCGGCAGUCGGCAAGGACGGUCCGCGAAGCGAGCCGUGGCAGCCAGGGAGCAACGCGCACCUCCACCUGCGAAACCAGCGAUCGAGGUUGCGCGGGCGCCGCCGCCUCGUGCCCCGAGAUUCCCCGGGCGCCCCAGUUGCCUCUCCUCCAGCACGCCGCCGCGCCCACGUCGCGGCGCCGGCCCCAAGCCCCGCGGCACCGGCUGCAGCUGUGUUGCCUCCCUCGCAUCGUCCGCGCAGGUUGCGGCGCCAGGUCCGCGCCAGCGCUCUGAGACUGCCCGAGGCCGGCAAAGGCGCCAGCGGCCGGCAGGCUAGCCGUCAGCCUGGCAGCCAGCAUCGCAGCCAGCUUUGGCAGUUGGCAGCGCCGUUGCCGGCAGGAUGAGCUUCUUCGCCCCAGCGCCGCCCGACAAAGCGCGGGGCAGAGGGCAGACGGCCGUGAGCCGGGCCGAUUGUCGGGGCACAGCGUUGUUCUGACAGAGUUGCUUGUGGUAUGUCGCGUCCAGCUUUUGCGCCAGUUUCACACCCUUGGACAAGCUACACCUCGUCCGCACCCUUAACUGGAAACGAGCGUCUCGGCGGUCCCCAAGCCUUGAUGCCACGGUCUUGUCUCUCUCGUCAAAACUGGGGGGCCCGGCCAAUUCCGAGGGCAUUGAGAAUAUCCAGUGACACCGCCGAGGUUAUUAGACUCCCUAUCGCGAUGCGGAGCGAGACGGAAAAAGCGUAACCGCGCGCAUCCGUCGCCAACAUGAUCAUUGUUGACCGUUGCCGUGGGCGUCCAGACCACGUUAGGAAUUGUGGCCAGUGCCGCGCCGCUUUGUCUAUGUGUUUGCAUUGGUGGUCUCUUCUCGGUUGAACGAGAGUCGCUGGAUGUACAUACAGUGGGCGAGUCCAGCAGUCGUGCUCUGCCGAGAGGGCUCCCGAGCAGUCCUCGGCCGGACACGUUUCCCAUCUCAGUGUCGAAGGCAUUAACCGCACCAUCACCAUAAUCCUGGAUGAGGAUCCAGAACCCUUUGCUGCAGUCCCUGACUCUGGAAGUCGGCCUCGUGUCACGAUCUGAACACAGGGCAGGGUGUCGAAGAUGAUGCUUAGCAGCUCAGAGGCAAACGCGAAUGUCGUUCACUCUGCUCUGCCAAGGCUACCUUGCACUGCUUGUCACGCCCUUGGGUCCCUUACGGGAAUUUGAUUUGGCCCGCCUUUUCUGUUGCGUUGCAUGCUCUGGCACAUGUCAGACGUAGGCACGCGCUUUGCUGUAUACCUUGUUCACAUAUUGUAACUGCCAGGCGCCAGAAAAGAGUGAUUGUUUAGGGCAAUUGAAAAUGAAGGAGAACAAUCGUAUUGCCCAUCGCCCAUCUCAACUCUAAGCGCCGUAAUUGAAGUGUCGAGGCAGGCGGUCGAAGCUCCGCACGCGUGAUGGUGCGCCUCCACCUCCUCCUCUUCGUCCUUCCUCCUCCCUCCUCCUUCUCCUCCUCCUCCUCCUCCGCCCGCUUGCUUCGCAGCAGGUCGCAUGCCUCCGCUUGCAGCCGAUAAGAUGCGUUAUCGUCCCCCUCUUGACCUCACUCACCCCCCGCCCUCGCCGAGCAGCUUCGGGCGGAGCUGCGAGUGUAGGCUCCUGGAUGGGCCACUUUUCAAAUACCUCGUAGAGCUCUUCGGCACCGAUGAGCUAGAGGAAUUCCGGCGCGGGGUGGAGCUAGUUGGCCGACCCGACCAGAAGAGACAAUUAUUUCGGGGCAUGGCAGGGCGCC